AUGAAAGUGGCAUCAACGCUCGUGAAUUUGUUUUCACGAUGGUUGAUAGGGACGCGCGUGCGUUAUGUGUACCUUUAAUAUUUUACGUUAUAUUUUCGUCUGUGGUUUGUGCCUGGUAUGGCGAAGAGGCAUGUUUAUUACCUCAGACACUACAUGGUAAAUGGUUUUCAAGAGAGGAUGGUUUAAACAACUUCAUAACAGUUGAUUCAAAAACAAUUCAAGGGCGUGGCAGAUGUGUUGAAAUUUUAAACACCAAUAACGACAAUUUCACAGUUCUUUUAAGAAAUGAUGAUUGCUACCAUUGUAUUCGGAUAUUGGUUCGAACUCUGAAUGUACUGGAAAAAAUUGAAACGGGCUGUGUCAAUCCAGAAGGAGGAGGAAAGCCAUCACUGUGGUCUGUUUGCAAGCAUUUGGACCCACAAAAAGAGCUUAUUACUUGGUUUUCCAGAAAUCCAACUUUAAAAAAUUGUCGCUCAAGCUUAGAAGGAGUCUGGAAGUUUGCUUAUCAAAACCAAUUUCUUUUUACUGGAGAAUGCAAGCAUCCAGAAGCAAAUAUCACAGCUUGUCAAACACCAGGAAGCCAGUUUUAUAUUGAAAAUCAACAGUAUAUUAUGAACUAUAGACAUUGUGAAGGUGUAGCUGAAACCCAGGAUGCAGAAGUCCAAUAUAAGUGUUUAGGAGACUGGUACAUUGGGAAGAACCAUUUUUGGGCUGUAUUAAAUGCUAGAGAGUCAAGAAUUGAAGAGGCUUAUAGAUGCUUUCUUGCAAAUCGGGAUGAUGACUUCUUUAUUUCUGUUUCCAUUACUGCAGAAUGCAAUACAUUAAAAACUGCCCAAGGUGGACCUGAGAGGCUACAUUUAACUCCUGUCAAAGCUGAAUAUGUCCCACCACGCUGUAAGUUUCAUGACAAUUUUACUGGUGUAUGGAUCAAUACUGCAAAUUUUGAUGCUGAAGUUAUGAUAAAUUCAACUCACAUAGUUGAACGUUGGAAGCCAGAUCAGGGCAGAGAGAAAGAGCAAGUGUAUGUAUGUCAUGAACGUCGAGACUCUCGUUUUGUCUUGGCUAGAAUGGGUAUAAAUGGAUGCCAAAAAGAUUUUAUGUGUUUUGAUUUCGUCCCACGCCAUCAUAACAUCAUUAGAUAUAGAAAGGGGAAGUCUAUGAUUGUUGACGACUUUUCAAUUGUUUGUUCUUGGACAAUGUUUCCUAAUAAGGAAAAAUGGAGAUAUGAUUUGCUUAUAGCAAAGAAUCCAGUUUCUAUGAAAUGUCCAGUUGCUGGUAAAUUUCGUUUCGAGCAAAAAGGUGACAUAUUAUUUGAAACAAGAAUACGAGGAGGUGUAACAUCAAGUCCCAGACCAAAUGUCAAGUGUCAAGACAUAAUAUCUGACUUUUCAGUUUGUGAUGCUGAUCAAAAAAUUAUCUAUGUGGAUGCAGAGUACUGUAUAUCUGUAGAUUACUUUGGCCGUCCAGUUGAUAUUUAUAGUGAACCUGACUAUAAAAUGAAAUGCAUUGGAUAUUGGAAAGAAAAUCUAAAAUCAUACUUAAUUACUUACGAUGAAGAGGAUGCGUACAGCAAAUAUAGAUGUUGGGUGUAUCAAAAAGCGGAUUUAAACCGUUUACUGAUGUCUCAGUCUGUUGGAGCAUUUUGUCAUAUAAAGCAAGAUGUUUCUAGUUAUAAUGCAUCAGAAGGAGCUCAAGUGUCCUUAGUAAUGGAUGAAUAUGAAAGAGAACAUGAUGAUUGUCCAAUGUUUUUUGAUGAUGGUUCUGAUCCAUAUCAACCUGCUGCUGAACAAGUUAUGGUUUUAAACUCAGGAGUGCAAAUUUCACUUCAUGCUUGCUUGUACAUUUUAGUUUUGUUUCAAAUUAGUACAAUAUUAAUUUUAUGAAGAUUGAAGUCUAGCAGGAUGAAAAGUCAUCACAUUUUUAGAUACGUAAACGAAACUUUAUUAUGUAUAACUGUUUAUAGCCUCACAUCAUCUGUACUUUAAAAAUAUUUUUGGAUGAACUUUAAAGUUGCCGUUUUUUACACAAAUGUAUGCAGAAGAAGGAUUUUUAGAACUGCCUGGUCAUUUCAUAAAUUUAUUACAAAACAGUAUUUGUUUCUUACUUUCUUGUGCAAUGUUUAAGCAUUCAUUGUUAAAGAAGCAUUCAUUGUCAAACUGUCUGGACAGUUUGAAAAACUACUGCAUAUGAUUUUUUCUAUGUUAAAAGGUAGCAGCUGCUAUAAUGUUUUUCUAUUUUAACUUUUAAGUUGUCUCAUUACUUUAUGAUGUUUCAAAUUUAGGCUGAAUAUAUUUGUAAAAGAGCUUUCAUUAAUCAAAAAGUAUCCAUCAAAGUCAAGUUAUGCAUUGUUCACUCAAAAACAAAAAGUUGAUGUAAUAAACAUUUAUGCUAAAUGUUUGAUCUACAUAUUUGAAACUGCUUGUUGCACAGAAAUUUAUUAUUUGUACCUAUUUAAUAUUGAGAAAUGGCCAAGCUGUUGAAGUAAAUUCAUUAAUCAAUGCGGUGAAUCAAAAUGAAAUUGUGUCCGUCCCAAAAUUUCUACCCACAUCAAUGAUUGUGAUCAUUCCUUGAAUAUUUUUUAAAAAUUAAAUCCUGUUUGUGAUUAGAUGUGUAAACAAUGUUGAUUUUUACAAGUAUCUACAUUUAUACUAAAUAUUUAUUGAAUCCGUCCAAAAUUUUUGCGCACCUGUGAUCAUUCUUAUAUGUUAAAGGUUUUAUGAUCUUUUUUUAUGAUGUGGGAAAUCUUUCACUUUUCUUACAAUCACAUCAUUGAUUUUAAAUGUUAUUUAUGUAUAAUACAUAAAAUUUGUUUUUAUUUACUUUAACAGUAUUUUAUUAUUUUACCAACUAAGUGCUCUCCUUGUAAGAAUCAUUUGUAACAUUCCAUUUUAAAUGUACAUUUUGUAUUAUUUUAUAUGUGAAAAAUCAUUUAUUUACAAACUACGAAAUGAAUUUUGUGAAUGUGAAUGUCAACUGUUUAAAGAGGGUAUUUUCUCUACUGCAUAAGUAUACCCUUGAAUAUAUUCAUUAUUGAUCUUCAUAUCCAAUUGAAAAGCUCUUUUUCAAGAUCUCAUUAUAGUACAGGAUCAUUUAGCAUCUUACCACACACCAGUUUUACACAUGUUUUGUUUAUGUAUUAGUUAAACAGCUGUGAAGGUGAUACCUUCCAAGCGCAAGCCGAUGGUAACAAGGACGUAAAAUCUACCUGAGCUGUAAGUCUGAUGUUGAUCUUGAGGGACCAGAUUAGUGUUUAAUAUGUUAAUUAAAAGUAAACUAUUUUUGUACUAGACAAGUGCACUUCAGGAUCAGCAGGUAAAAUGUUUAAUCCGUCCAAAGUAAACAAAGAUCUGAAUACGUAUGUAUUUGUGAUAAGCAUGUUGUGAUUUUUAAAAAUUUUUUUUAGAUGUUCAUGUUUUAAAAAAGUUUCAGUUUUAUAUGAUCUGUUAUAUCAAAUAAAAGUUUGAAAAAGUGAUUAAAAUUUUUAUGAAAUGCACUUUAAUUUGAAUAAUCAUACUGCAUUAAUAAAUUCACUGCUUGUCAUGUUGCAGAAAUAAUAAAUGCACUAACACAUUUACAAGGCGAAGAUAAUGUGUAAAGUGAUGAAGGAAAACCGAUAUUUAAUAAAAACAUUUAAUUGGCAAUAAACAAUUGCAAAACAAUAACCAAGGGAUAUUUAAUAAACAAUUCCGGAAUCCUAACGUAGCACGUCUUUGCGAACAUUCCUUCUUUCUUAGUAAAAAAACUGAAUGUUGCAAAGACAGCAUUUAAAAAAACAAAUAACUGAUUUUACAUAUUGGACUGCAAGACAUCUUAUGCUCAAAAGAGCAAACAGUUAAUUGUUCAAAACUAUUUUAAAAGUCAUAUUUUUUUUUUUAAAUCAUUGGUUUUUAUCAAAUUUUUCAAAUAACUCUUAAAGUAGUUUUUUUUCCUUUUUUCAGUUUCAAUGUGUAUAGAAAUUCUUAUUGAAUAAGAAAAUUCUAUUCCAAGCAUAUUUUUAAUGACAUCUCAUAAUGAAUUUUAAAUGUUCUGCAGAAAUGACAUUCAUUUGAAAGUGGUGUGUUGAUGCGUACUAAUUUAAGUUGUGUGUGGAAUUAUAAGCAAUUUUCAUUACUUUUUGGGAAAUUUAUAUUAGGUGUAAAACAAACACCUCAGUUUUGUUUUUUGGCAGCCAUUGUUUAAAAAAAAAAAAAAGAAAAGAAAUAACUAUACUUUUUAAAUUUACAUACCUUAUAAUGUCAAUUUUUGUUUUAUUUGGUUUUUGUAUGUUAUUUAAAAAAAAAAUCUGAUGUUUAUUUUCGAACAUUUAUUGCCUCAGGAUACUCCACAAAAGAUUUACUGUUCUCAUUUAAAAUGAGUUUACUGUACAUGAUUGUGCAAAUAAAUCUGCUGAGGAACCCCAAAUAACUGCAAUAAAUGUCUUUUGUGUGUUUGUUGAUUUAUUACUAAAUGCUUUUACUUUUUGAAGCCAUUAAUUUUAAAUAUCAAAGCUGAGAAAUUGAAUAUUUUCACAAAUCUAAAUAAAUCUAUUUUUUUCACUAAUAAGUGCUGGUCACCUUGUAUGUUUUCAGAAGUUAGCUUAAAUAUAGGCAUUAUUUUUUUUUAAUUGAAAAAAAAAAUGAUAUUUCAAGUUUUUUAGGGACAUGAAUUUUUAUUUUAAAUAUGUAUGUUUUUUUUUAUUAUUUUUUUAGCUCAAAAACAAUUAAGUGAUGAAUAAAUUUGACAGAAUUGGUGUCGUUCACAUCUUUAUUUUGAUAAGUGUUUUUAGUUACUUGAAGUAAUUACAAUGUAAUAACUGGAACUGAAAUGUAAGAAUUCUACAACAGUUGCAUAAAUUGUACCUCCAUUUUAAAACAGUAAUACAAAAAUAAGAUUCUGUUACUCCAAACGCUAUUUUGUCACCUCAGAGCAGCAGUAAGACAUCACACAAGAAUAAUACUAAGCUAUCCUACUGUUGCUCUGAGGCUACAAUUUAAUCUCUGGUAAUUGUGUACUAAAAUGAAAACCAAAUAUUUAAAAUAUGGUUAAGGUUUGCUAAUUCCACUCCUCAAAAGCUAGUCGGCUCUGAAAUGUGACUUUCUUACAAAAGGAGUGCAAUGUGUUGUAUUUUUGUUUUAAAACUGUUCCGCUUCUAAUCAAUGUUUUAAAUUGUUUUCAAAAUUCUUUUAAAGCAUUACAAAAUUUGUUGUGAAAUACACGCAUUGACUAUGUAUUAUUUCUUUCACAUGUAGUUUUUAGUGGCAAUUCCAAAAACUACAUUGAACUUUUGGGUUGGGUACUUAUAUAGAUUUUAUUGUAGUUUGUUUUUAAAUUUUGUUAUGACUUUAUUUGUAUUGUAUGUCCAAUAAAAUUAUU